AUGACACCCGCCCCGAGCGACAGCGACGAGCAACAUGGCUCACCCGGGGCCACUGCACCGGUCCUCGUGGUCGUAUCUGGCGUCCCCGGGGACUCCAUGACCAAGGCAGUCACCAUCAUCACUUCAUGCGGCAACGACGCCGUCUCGCCGCUUGAACGCGGCGACGGGGCCACGACAGUCCUCCCGCCGCCAACGACGAGUACGAGCGCUGGCGCGGCAAUCACUCGCUCCCUGCUGCUGUUCAUGGGUUUCAUGUUCAGGCGACCGAGCAAGCUCUUCCGCCCUAAUCGAUUGGACACUUGGGCUGGGCUGCGACAGCUCGCCGAGAGCGCCGACCAGAACCUAUCGCCAUCGUUUGUGAGGUCCAUCUUCAAGCUCAAGGGCGGCCCCAUCGUCGUCGCCGCUUCCCUCCUCCCCCCACUCCUCGUGAACACGACCCUCGGCUUCCUCCUCUUCUCCUCGCACUCCCUGCUGUCGCUCUGGCUUGCCCGCCUCCCUUACUUCCAUCGGCGGGUAGCCGACCCGGUUUCUGAGGAACAUCAGGACCUGCUGGACGAGCUCAUCCAGCGCGACUUUCUCGGUGGCCUGGACGGCGACUAUGGCGUGGCCACUGGCGACGCCAUUGUCGAGGAGGAGGUGACGUUUGAGACCAUCAUCCGUGGCCCGCGUACCAUCCCCGCGCAUCCGACGCUGUUGAGCGCGAUCGCGGGCGCUGGUGCAGGUGUGAUACAGGGCAUGGCGUUUACCCCGAUCGAGAACAUUGUCAAGUUCUUCCAGCAGUCGGCCGCGUCUGUCACCGCCAUCAUUGCCCGGUUCCUGCGCCUCCCAACACCAAAGCUAACGACUGCGCUCACCCAAUCUCUGGGACCUGGUCCACCGCCUGCGUCACCGCUGGAAGCGCUCCGCAACCUGUUCGCCGGCUCGUCGUGGCACAAGAGCCAGUCGUGGUGGAGCGGCUGGCGCUGGGCCGUUGGGCGUGAUGCGUAA